AUGAGGUUUGCACCCGAAAUAGUCCCAACUGAAGCCAUAAAAGCUCAAAGGUUUGAGCAAGGGUCAACAUUGACUUUGCAAGGGAAGCUUGGGGGAGUUAACUUUGAAUCCUUAGAUGAUGUUAAUGGGCGUGCAGCUCACCUGUAUGGGAUGAAAGGAAGAGAGCUUGAUGGAAAUUCUGGUGAAAAGAGGAAGGGAAAUGGAAACUUCCAAGGGAAUGAGAAGAAACCUAAGUUGGAUGGGGAUUUUAACCAUGGAAAGAGGGAAGGGAAUUUUAACCAAAAUAGGGAAGAGAAUCGCAAUUUCACCCAAAAAUGGAAGGGAAAUUAUGAAAAUGGAAGUAACGGGAACGAGGAUAAGCCUAAAAGGAACUACUUUUCCAAAAAGUGUGAGAAUAACCAUCCAGGAAAGGAUUGUGAGGGAAACCUAGUUACUUGUUAUUUCUGUAAGAAGCAAGGGCAUCGUGAGUUUGAAUGCUACAAGAAAGCAUUUGGGGAAUCAACAUAUAACCUAGGCCAUAAUGGGAAAAAUUCACAUUCAAGUCAACAAGGAUUAAGCCAGCAGGAUGGAAUCAACAACACCGAACCUGGAGGUGGGAAUAACGCCACCCAAUUGAAGGGACAAUUGUUCAUUAUGAAUCAUCGUGAAGCAGAAAACGCGUAUGAAGUAGAAGCUGGUACUUUUUCUAUUUAUGAUCUACUUGCUAGCUAG